AUGUACUCUGGAAAAUUAACAAAUAGGUUUACUAUGGAAACAUCCAGAGCACUCUGGGAAGAAAUUAGUAAUUUGUUAAAUUCUAUCCCAGGGGCUCCUGCUAAGGAUUUUCGACAGUGGAGAAAGACCUGGACGGAUAUUAAAAAAAAUACAAAAUCAAAAUUGACCACCAACCGACAAGAACUAAAUGCUACAGGUGGUGGUGUUCCAGAUAUGUUGCAACUAACUGAUAUGGACAAUAAAAUAUUACAAAUUGUAACACCAACAGCUCUAGUUGGAGAUGCUAGAAUAUUACAACCAAAUGUUAUAUUUGAUUUUUCUAAUAGCCAUAAUAUACAAAGAAAUGGUGCCUUGCCAUCAGUCAAAGAAAGUGAAGUUGAAGGAGAACAUGAAGUUGAAGAAGAGGUUGAAGAUGAUCAUAAUUACAGCCAAUUCCCUUUACCCACUGCUACAGUGAUAUCUGGAGAGGAAAAAGAAACUCCCAAAAAGAAAUAUAUUUCAAAAACAACAAGAUUAUCGAAAUCAUUAGAACAUGGAGCAAAGCUUCUGGAAACUAGUCAGAAUAAAGUUUCAGUAAAGAGCAACUAUUAUGAGAGAAAAUUAGCAAUUUUAGAAAGAGAUAGCAAAAAUAAUGAAUGGUUCCAGAAAAAACAGGUGGCAAUUGGUGAACAAACUUUAAAAGAGUUUACAGAAAUUAAAGAAAUUUUACUAAAGAAGUUUUGUUGA